GCACAGACUGAGCCCAACCUACUGAGCCACAUCGGCCAGGGCACUAGCAGGCGCAUUCUUUUAACAGAAUCUGGAGCAGAAUCCUCUCGUUUUUCUUCUCCCAAGAAUUGUCGGGGUUGCGUUUGGGGUGGGGGGUGAUCAAGGUGAAGGAAAUCUUUGGGACAUCCGCGGGCUCCUGACGGUUUGGGGUGACCUGAUUUCCCAGCGCAGGAGGCUGCGGUCAGAGCGGGCUGGGCGCCGCAAGACGGGCGGUGGAUGUUCCAAGUCAGCUUGCAGCAGCACCGGAGAACGGAAAAACGCGUGGACCUCCAGGAGGAGAGGAAGAGGCGGCGAGAGGAGCGGAGAGGAAGGGCGAGGGAGGAGCCGGAGGAGACGUAGCAGCGGCGGGCGGUCCCCGCUGUGACCCUGCUUCCGGGCGGCGGCCUGGGACCAUGGCGGGCCUGGACAUCGGUCCGACCGUGCCUGUGUGGCUGGCCGAGGACGACCUGGGCUGCAUCAUCUGUCAUGGGCUGCUCGCCUGGCCCGUCACGUUGCCCUGCGGCCACAGCUUCUGCCGAGACUGCCUGAAGGGUCGGUGGGACGCGAGGCGCCACUGGUCCUGCCCCACCUGCCGCGAGGGCGACAGGCAGCCGCUGCAGCUGCGGAAGAACACGCUGCUGCAGGACCUGGCGGACAAGUACAGCCGGGCGGUGGGCGAGCUGGAGAGCGGCCCCCGCGGGCCCCCGAGCCCCGCCCCUGGCCCCGCCCCCCGGCCCCCGCGCCGCCCUGCACCUUCGCGGGUGACGGCACCGAAGGGCAUCCCAGAAGUUGGUCAUGAGCUGGCAGAGCUGGUGGAUCAGCUUGUGGACAUUGUCAGGAGCCUUCAGAAUCAGAGGCACCUCCCAGAAUCUGGACCAGAGAACAAACUGAACACCCUGGGCAUGGCUUUUUCUGGCGGGGUGGACCAUUCCUCGGCUGCCCCACAGCUCGGGACUCCCAGCAUGCCUGAGGAGAAAGUGAGAGACAUUCUCCAUAACCUAGAAGAUAUCCGGGGGAAAUUACAAGACAGAUUCGCGGGGAAAGAGCCCCUGGAAGAACAGAGGCAGGUUAAACUCCCGAAAGGUCUGUCUUCCUCCUCGGGCCCACUGACGGACCAGGACCACCUUGCCUCCCGCUUUGCUCAACGGGCCAUCAGUCCAACCUUUGACUUGAAGAGCCUCUCCUGUAGCCUGGAGUUGUCUGAGGACUGCCGGAUGGUGACUGUAUCUCACAUCCCACAGCUUUAUCCCUGGAAUCCGGACAGAUUUACAACCUGCCAGGUCUUGUGCUCCCAAGCCUUCUCUUCUGGGCAGCACUACUGGGAGGUGGACACUCAGCAUUGCAAUCACUGGGCACUUGGCGUGGCUUCCUGGGGGAUGGGCCGUGACCAGAUCCUGGGAAGGACCAGGGACUCGUGGUGUGUAGAGUGGAAGGGAACUGGCCAGCUCUCUGUGUGGAGCAUGGUCAAGGAAACUGUCCUCGGCUCAGAGAAACCUAGGGUGGUGGGCAUCUGGUUGGACCUCGAGCAGGGGAAGCUUGCCUUCUAUUCAGUGGCCAAUCAGGAGAAGCUUCUGUGCGAGUGCACAGUCUCCGCCUCCUCUCCCCUGCACCCUGCCUUCUGGCUCUAUGGUUUACAUCCCGGAAACUCUCUGACUAUAAGGCCAGUAAAGGUGUAAAGGUUAAAACAUGGGGUUUUCUGUCCUCUCUCUCUCUGCCUUCAAGCAGGGUAGCAACUUGACAAGAAUCCCACUCCUGAAGUUAAGGGGUGUGCAGUUAAAGGGUUAACUCUGCAGAUUUGGGAUGCUCAAACCCUGCAGUCCAAAGAAAGGAAGAGCCCUUGAUUGGCUCCUAGGACAUAACCUCUAAUCCCUUGGAAUAUCCUGCCUCAUAAGAGUGUCUUUGUUCACCUGAGGGCCUUGGGCCAAGAGGUAUCAUCAGCUUGACCUCUGGACAGGCUGGAGACUAAGGUUAGUCACCUGGUUGGUGAGGCCUGUCUACCUGACUGACCUCCUCCACUAAAGGCCCUGGAUACAAAGGCUUGGGUGACUUUCCCUGUUUGACAACACUCCUUGCACGUUGUCACACAUUGUUGCUGGGAGAAUUAAGCAUUGUCCACAUGACUCCACGGGGAGAGGAUAAUUGGUGUCUCCUGGCUCCUGCCCUAUGUGCCUAUCUUUUACUGUUGAUUUUAAUAUGUAUCUUUUCACUGUAAUAAACUGAAACUAAGAGUAUAACAGCUU